AUGAACGACUCUAUCUCUCAUCAGCUGGCCGCUCGUGCUGAAGGCUUUGGGCUUAGGGAUCCUUCUAGCUAUCGAGAUGCGGCGGCCCACACGGCUGUACCAGCUACAGAGGAAGAAUGGACAGCCCUCUUAAAGAACAACACCUCUUGUUUGAAGGGGAUUGUCAUCUCGCGACAGGGGGCUGUUCCAGAGAUGGCUCAAUAUACAGCUUUCGAAUUCGACUACGACCCCAAGGAGGGACCCCAACACGUCCAGGACGAGAAGACCGAGAUUCAAACUAUAAGGAUUGAGAACGAGAGCGAAAGUCAGGGUAUUCAUAUCGGCAUCUCUCAACAGGAGCUCGAGGUUUUCAUGAAGACCAUUGCCGCAGACAGUAGGCUAGACUUUCGGGCUCGACACGCAUCUUUUAAUCAACUUGAGCAGUCGUCCAAGACGCAGAAGAUAGAAAUCUCGCACCGGCAUCCAAAAUUUAUUCUUUUCUUGGAUCAAAGGUCCCUGGCGAUAACUGAAGACUGCAAGGCUCGGCUUACAUAUCUCAAGGGAUGUGAUGACAAGAGACAAGCUAUAGCCUUUUUAGAAGACUACGGCGAGGGAUUUGCAAUGCAGGCCACUAUUGGUGGCCGGCUUUUCCACAGUGAAAACGUCAGCAUGUUGAAAGCCAACGCUCUAGAACAGAGAGAAAACAGUUUAAAAAUUGCGGCCAAGGCAUCUUUGUCCUCCAAAGAUCCAUUGUCUAAGGGGGUUUCAACUACGUCCGGGACCCAAACACUUCACACGGACAACUCUAAGAUUAGCUCUGUAUCUGAGGGCAUGUUUUGGUGCGGUAUUGGGGGUGACCCAGGUCUACACGGGGAGCCCAGAGCGUGGAUGCUUUCCAUGAAAGAGGAUAAAUCCAGAUGGAAGGUCAUUGAGAGGAGGCACAUCGUAUCACUCCCAAUCGCGUUGGGGAGAUUCAGUGGCUUUGAAUGGGUCCCAGAGAAAUUUAGAAAACUACUAAGACCCGUGGUCCCGAGCGUGCCUCGCCUGGUCCUACCUGAUGAUUCACAUAUUGGCCUAUCAUCGUUUGCGAUCACUAGCCGGCUAACAAUCCACGGCGAGAAGGAUUGGCGUGUGGUUGCGUUUCAGGAUGAGGCAGGAUGUAUCAAAUAUGGCUUUAUUAACACAUCGGAGGAUCGACCGAUCAUAGAUGUUCUCUUUGUAGACACAAUUGCCCGUGCACGUCUCAACACCCCUCUCCUUAUAUCCCGAAGGACCUACAUAGCGGACUUAGCAAUAUAUGUCACCGAGGACGGGUUCCUGGCAGACAAAUUCUUGGAGGGAAGGACUGGUGCCUGGGAUUGUGGGUCUCUCAUUGACCAUCAAGUUCAAGUCGCCUCCCACUCAAACCUCGCCAGUUCUGCGGAUGGACUUACCGUUUGCUUCGAAGACUCGAAGGGGAAUCUGUGUCUUGUCAAUCCAGAUAAAGGCACAGAGUGCCUGAAUCACGGCAGGGACCUCAAUUCCUACCAGGAACAGCUUUGA